AUGGCGAUUUUAUUUGAAGAUUAUUUUUUCGGAAGGCCCGAAUUUGGCAUAAAAGAAGCAAUAACGAUAUUAGAAAGAAUUAGGGAAGAACCUAGAGAAUUUGAAGUAGCCAAUUUGAUCAAAACGCUAAGCGACCAAAAUGAGAACAAAAACAAGCCCGAAGUGAACAAUAUAGAAAAUUUAGUUUCUUCUAGUGAAAUAAAGUGUAGAGAAUACCAAAACGAAAAUGUUUCCUAUACAGGUAUGGCAUCAUCAGAAAAAACAGCAAAUACUUUCAACCAACAAGUCUCUCCAGAAUUCAAGAUCUACGAAAUGAAAAAUAAAGUUGGGAAAUAUCCGAGAAAAUCUUCUCCACAAAUUACAAAUGCCAUUUAUGAUAAUAAAAUCACCCAAUGGAAUAAACUCUCUGAUGACGAAUUAGCCAAUAAACGCCUUUAUGUUGAUUUAACCCAAAGGCGGCCAGAAAUUGUUAAUAAUCCCCUAUUUCAAACUAAGGUUUUAGAAAAUGUUUGUGUAUAA